AUGAAGAAUACUAUUAUUCUAGUUUUGUUUUGUUAUAUUAUCGAAACACAUGCUUUUGAUUGUCCAAAUUCUACUGCUAUCUAUACAAAUCCAGACGAUUAUCGAUCAUUCUAUGUUUGUAAUAAGUAUUGUCCUCGUCUUGAAUAUUGCAAAUCAUCAAACCCAUAUUAUUUAAGCAAUAAUAAAAGUUGUUCUGUUGAACCGAACAAUUGGAUACCUCGUUAUUAUCUUACUGGCAUUGUACAACCAUUAGAUGAAUUUGGGUUUCCAGUUCAUGUUCGUCAAGAUGGUUACCAAUUUUUUGCGACAUGCGAUGGUAACACAACAUCAGAGACAUAUACUGGACGAUAUGUCAAUGAAACACAUGUACAAGGCAUUCAUAUAAGAAGAGUUUUAACUACAAAUUGUAUUAAUGUCUUCAAUUUUCAAUUAAUCGCAUCAGCAGAUCGGAAAUAUUGUGUUACAGAUAGUCUUCAUCCACAAAGUGUAAUAUGUGAUCUUUCUUAUCCAUAUGAAUCUACUUAUUGUCCAACAGUUUCAUUUUAG